UCGUACAACUUCACCUCCAACUGGGCGGGCCCCAACGUGUGCGCGUACAACGGCAUCUACUGCGCGCCGCGGCCCUCCGACGGGGCGUUGGUCGUGGCCGGCAUCGACCUCAACCACGCCGACAUCGCAGGCCCCAUCCCCGCCGACCUCCCCCUCGGCGUGCCCGACCUGGCGCUGCUCCACCUCAACUCCAACCGCUUCUGCGGGGUGCUGCCGGACACGCUGCUCCACCUGCGACUCCUCCACGAGCUCGACCUCAGCAACAACCGCUUCGUCGGCGCCUUCCCCGCCGUCGUGCUCGCGCUCCCCUCGCUCCGCUACCUCGACCUCCGCUUCAACGACUUCGAGGGCCCCAUCUCGCCGCCGCUCUUCGACCGCCCGCUCGACGCCAUCCUCCUCAACUCCAACCGCCUCCGCGGGCCCAUCCCGGCCAACCUCGGCAACUCGCCGGCCUCGGUGCUUGUGCUCGCGCACAACCGCCUCGGCGGUUGCAUCCCACCGUCGAUAGGGAGGAUGGCGGCCACGCUCAACGAGAUCGCCCUCAUCGACGACGACCUCACCGGCUGCGUCCCGCCGCAAGUCGGCCUGCUCAGGAAGGUCACGGUGUUCGAUGUCAGCGGCAACCACCUCCAGGGCCCGCUCCCGUGA